ACAGCUCAGUACAGUACAUAUCUUCCCACAAAAACAUCGCCCUCCCACCUACCCCCCUACCCCCACCCCCACCAAGACUGACACUAUACAUACAUAUAAUAUAUAUCUAUCUAUACACAGUCUCUUUAUCUCCGAUCGAUUUGUGUAUCCGAUUCCGACUAUACUGUUUUCACCGGUAAGUUUCUCUAUAUCUAUAUAUUUAAUCUGGACAAUUGCUAUGUGUAUUGUACGUAUUUAAGGUUGUUUAUGCCUUCGAUUAAAUCGAAGUAGGGUUAAUUUAAUGGGGCAUAAGAAGCGAACUGUCGCUCCUCGCUCCAAACCCUUAACUUCACCCUCCGAUGACGUGUCACCUCCGUCGCAGCUGUAUGCUGACGUGUCAACGGUUCCUUCAAUUACUAACGGAUCGUUGACUAGAAACGAUGACCUGGCACUAAUUAAUAAUUGUGAGAACAGUAAUUAUGCUUCAAUUAAGCUUGAAUGUGAGCGUGCUUUAACGUCGUUAAGGCGCGGUAACCAUACGAAAGCGUUAAGGUUAAUGAAGGACUUGAGUAGUAAGCAUGAGAGUUCGCCUUAUUCGGCGUUGAUUCACCGAGUCCAGGGGACGGUUUGUGUGAAGGUUGCGUCGAUUAUUGAUGAUCCUAACGCGAAGCAGAGGCAUUUGAGGAACGCGAUCGAGAGUGCUAGGAAAGCGGUGUCGUUGUCUCCGUACUCGGUUGAGUUUGCGCAUUUUUACGCGAAUUUGUUGUAUGAGGCGGCGAAUGACGGGAAGGAGUAUGAGGAGGUUGUGCAGGAGUGUGAGAGAGCGUUGGCGAUUGAGAACCCCAUUGAUCCUGCGAAAGAGAGCUUACAGGAGGAGAGUCAACAGAAGAUCUCGUCGCCUGAAGCUCGGAUAUCUCAUAUACACGGGGAGCUUCAUAACUUGAUUCAGAAGUCGAAUUUUGCUUCGAUAUCUACUUGGAUGAAGAAUAUAGGUACUGGGGAGGAGAAAUUCAGGUUGAUUCCUAUUAGGAGGGUGUCUGAGGACCCAAUGGAAUUGAGGUUGGUUCAGGGAAGAAGGCCGAAUGAAAUUAAGAAGGCGACUAAGACACCUGAAGAGAGGAGAAAGGAGAUUGAGGUUCGGGUAGCUGCUGCCAGGCUGUUGCAGCAGAAGUCAGAAACUGUCAAAUCAGAUAAUGAUGGAGAUAAAGGUUUGGAUUCAACAGCAGGAUCGGGUCCGAGAGCAGGUGAUAGGAGGAAGAGUGGAAAUGCAAAGAAGAAUGCUUCUUCCACUGAGAGAAGGAAUUGGGUGCAGUCAUAUUGGAAUUCUGUAAGUUUGGAUGCGAAGAGAGAAUUGCUUAGAAUUAGAAUUUCAGAUCUUAAGGCACAUUUUGGUGUUUCUAAGGAUCGUUCGGCUAUUGAAGUAUUAUCUGAUGCUCUUCCAUUUGCCGAAACCCAUAAAACAUGGAAGUUUUGGACAUGUUGCCGAUGCAAUGAAAAAUUUGCUGAUUCUCAAUCACACAUUCGUCAUGCUGUGCAUGAUCACAUGGGAGCUUUGCUGCCUAAAAUGCAGUCAGUUUUGCCUCAAAAUGUUGAGAAUGAGUGGGCUGAGAUGCUUCUGAACUGUUCUUGGAAACCAUUAGAUGUUAACGCAGCAGCGAAAAUGCUUGAUAAGCAAUCAAGAUCUCAAGGCCAUGGUUUUCUAGAUGACUCCUAUGGAAGAGAUGAUGGAGAAGGGCCUAAGGAUGGCUAUUUGGAGGCGUUCUGCCAUGAAGACGAAUGGGACUCGUCCCCUAGAAGGAAGAAAGUAGGGGAUAGACCCAAUGGAAAUAUGGUUGAGAGCAGAAAAAAUGAUAAGAUCUCAGAUAUUGACUUUAUGGAUUGUGAUGAAGAUGGCGCUUCAAAGAUCUGUUUACUUCCGGAAGGCUUGCCACUGUCUGAUGACCCUGAGCGAGCAAAGCUUCUUGAAAGAAUCCGUGCUGUGUUUGAGGCUCUUAUUAAAAAUAAAUAUCUUGCUUCAACUCACCUCAGCAAGGUUAUGCAUUUUGCUGUGGAAGAGCUUCAGGGUCUUCCUUUUGGCUCUCAACUCCUUAACUACAAUAUUGAUCAAAGCCCUCUGUGCAUAUGCUUCUUGGGUCCUGAAGAACUGAAAAAGGUACUAAAAUACUUGCAAGAACUUUCUCAUUCUUGUGGCUUAGGGAGGUAUCCUGAGAAAAUUGUUGCUGUAGAUGAAACAAACAAUGGAUCUCAUGGAUUCGACAAUCUAGAGAAAAUAGUUUUCAGUGAGGAUAGCACAUGUUUGUUGUUUGAUCAUCAUUUCCUGCAGCACAAUCUUUCUCCCAGCGCAUGCCUUGAUGCAGUUUCUAAUGAUAGAAAUGCAGCAAUUUUGUCUGGUAAUCAGUAUCAAAAUGGAGUUUUGAUUGACCCAGAUGCACUACUGUCCUGGUUAUUUGCUGGUCCAUCAAGUGUUGAAGCUUUGGCAUCAUGGACACGUGCAAGAGAAGAGAAAGGUCAACAAGGUAUGGAAAUUCUCCGAUUACUUGAGAAGGAGUAUUACGACCUCCAGGGUUUGUGUGAGAGAAAAUUUGAGCACCUAAGUUACGAGGAAGCACUGCAGGCAGUAGAAGAUCUUUGCUUAGAAGAGGGUAAAAAAAGAGAACAUGAAGUAGAAUUUGUCCGACAAAGCUAUGAUUCCGUCUUGAGGAGGCGACGAGAAGAACUCAUAGAAAGUGACAACGAUGGUACAAUUAUUAGCAAUAGGUUUGAGUUGGAUGCUAUAUCAAAUGUUCUGAAGGAAGCAGAAUCUCUCAAUGUAAAUCAAUUCGGAUUUGACGAAACUUACGGUGGUGGAGCAUCCCAAUUUUGUGACUUGGAGUCUGGCGAAGAGGAUGAUUGGAGACUGAAGGACUACCUUCAUCAGGUGGAUUCUAGCGUGGAAGUUGCAAUACAGAGACAGAAGGAACAUGUCUCCAUUGAGCUUAGCAAAAUUGAUGCACGAAUCAUGCGGAUGGUUACCGGGAUGCAGCAGUUGGAGUUGAAGCUUGAGCCUGCAUCUGCCCAAGAUUACAGGCGGAUUUUAGUGCCUCUACUGAAAUCAUUUCUGCGGGCACACUUGGAGGACCUGGCUGAGAAAGAUGCUACUGAGAAAUCUGAUGCUGCAAGGGAGGCUUUUCUGGCUGAACUUGCACGUGAUUCCGAGAAGAGUUCAACUGGGGGAAAUGAGAAGUAUAAAAAUGCCCAUGAAAAGACAAAGGACAAGAAAAAGAACAAAGAGUAUCGAAAAGCAAAGGAUUCAAAGCCUAACAGUGGUAAUGAAUUGCAUGUGCUUCACGAUGAGACUCUGGAACAUGCCUCAUUUCCACUUGCUCAUGAUGGAGAUGAUCAAGAGAGUGAAAUUCCUCAAACUGGUAAUACCUUAGAUCUACAGGAGGUGGAGGAGUACAAACGUAUGAUUGAGCUUGAAGCCGAGGAAAGGAAGCUUGAAGAAACUUUAGAGUAUCAAAGAAGAAUUGAGAAUGAGGCUAAGCUGAAGCAUCUGGCGGAGCAACAUAAGAGAACUGCAAGAACAAUUCAAGAGAAUAUGGAUGCAGUUAGGAAUCCUGACUCUUACCCAUAUCAAAAAAUGAAUCCCGACACGUGUUGUGAUAUUGAUCAGAAAAUCAAUGAGCAACGGGAGAAUAGUGAGAAGAACAAUGUACUAUUCAACAGUUUAGAAGGUCUUUCGAAGAACUUUCCAGAAAGAAUGGCACAAAGCGAUGGAUCGUCAAACAAAGGAACUCCAGAGGAUGGUAUAUUGAUAUCUGAUAAGCGAUCUGGAAGAAAAGGCCGGCGCCAGAAGGAUUCGUCUAAAUUUAGUGAGGGGAAUUAUCAAUCUGGUUCUUCUGAAAGGGAAAAACCUGAAAUUAGUGAAUCAAGAGCUCUGGAUUCUUCACAUGAAAAUAAUGGUACCAGAGAUAGUGGAACAAAGACAUUGAGGCAGCUACAUGUGGAGGAAGAUGAUGAAGAAAGGUUCCAAGCUGAUCUUCAGAGAGCUGUACGCCAAAGUCUUGAUGCAUUCCAUGCACAUCAGAGAUUUCCCUUGAUGGCAAGUUCAGGGGCACAGAGGAUGAUCUCUGAAACCGGGGAUUCGGAUAGUGAAAUUAGUCUUGGAAAUGUCAAAGAAUUGGAUGUAUAUGGCACUGGGCUAAAGAAUGAAGUUGGAGAAUACAAUUGCUUUCUAAAUGUUAUUAUACAGUCAUUGUGGCAUCUAAGGCAAUUUCGAGAUGAAUUUUUGAGAAGAUCAUCCUCAGAACAUGAUCAUGUGGGUGAUCCAUGUGUGGUAUGUGCUUUAUAUGACAUAUUCACUGCUUUGAACACGGCUUCCACUGAGAUGCGAAGAGAGGCUAUAGCUCCUACUUCUCUGAGAAUUGCCCUCAGCAACCUUUAUCCUGAUAGUAAUUUCUUUCAGGAGGCUCAAAUGAAUGAUGCUUCUGAAGUACUGGGUGUAAUAUUCGAUUGCCUACAUCGAUCAUUUACAUCAACUUUAGGUGUUUCGGAUGCUGAAUCUGCGGAUAGCAGCUGUAUGGGCUCUUGGGAUUGCUCAAGUAGUGCUUGUACUGUGCACUCUCUUUUCGGGAUGGAUAUUUUUGAACGGAUGAACUGCUACAAUUGUGGAUUGGAGUCUAGACAUCUGAAGUACACAUCGUUCUUUCAUAAUAUUAAUGCCAGUGCUCUCCGAACAAUGAAGGUUAUGUGUCCAGAAAGCUCGUUCGAUGAGCUUCUGAAUCUUGUUGAGAUGAACCAUCAGUUGGCUUGCGAUCCUGAGGUUGGUGGAUGUGAGAAACUUAACUAUAUUCAUCACAUUCUCUCUGCUCCACCACAUAUUUUCACAACGGUUUUAGGUUGGCAGAAUACAUGUGAGAAUGUAGAUGACAUAAAAGCGACAUUAUCAGCUUUAUCUACUGAAGUGGACAUUGGUGUCCUUUAUCGUGGUCUUGAUCCGAAAAACAAACAUUACUUAGUUUCUGUGGUUUGCUACUAUGGACAGCAUUAUCACUGUUUUGCGUACAGUCAUGAUCGUGGACACUGGAUCAUGUAUGAUGACAAAACCGUAAAGGUAAUUGGUGGCUGGGAUGAUGUUCUCGUUAUGUGUGAAAGAGGGCAUUUGCAACCACAGGUCCUUUUCUUCGAAGCUGUAAACUAGUCCAGCCAGCAAAUGGUACCUCUCCAAUAGUCAAAAGAUAAUCUGGAAUUUCGUUGGUUUCUUGAAGCUGUAAAUCUAUUUCAGCUUAGAAAAUAUACCUCCCGACACUGCAAUGAAGACGUGCUACUGUGCUUUUCCAUUCAAUCAUCAAAGGCAAUCAUGCUACUUGUGCACAUAUGUUAUUCAAUUGAUCUGCAAAGUUACAAAAUUGUGUGAUAAACUGUACUAUACCAUCAGAAAUUUGUUGACGAGAUGAAGAGAAGAUAGGAGUAGUUGGCCUGCUAGCGAGAAGAACUUCAAAUUUGUGUAUCAUGGUGGAAGUUAUCAGAGGAUUGGAAAGAAAAAUAUAAGUUUUGGUGCUCUUGAUACUUGGUAGCAUUGGCAAAGUAAAGUUUUUGCGUCAUCUGAAAAUUUUGGAAUCCCUACAAUAAGGUGCGUGGUUGAAGAAAGUAGAGUAGCCACCAGUUUCGUGGUCAUGAGGAACAUGUAGAUGUUUGAUUUCCGAAUGGCAACCUACUAUUACCAGAUAUUGCUUCUGUACACAGGUAAUGAAUCAUAUAUCUUUCACUUUCAAUGUAAGCAAGUCUGUAUAGAUUGGCAAUUGGUCUUUAGUCUUUAGUGAUGCAGUCAAUAGUAAGUCUUCUAUACUCUCUCUAUAUUCAUUUUGUUGUUUCCUCUUGGAGGAAAAAGAAUUUUGAGUGCCCAGAAGUUGUGGGAACUUUGUAUUACGGAUGUCUACGAAAGUUAAAUUAAAUGAAAGGGAAGUUGACUUUUUGAA